CGACAGCGCGCACUUAAAAUUCCUUCUCUGAUAGCUGCAGCCAGAAGGUUUAACAGCAGUCUUGUCGAGACUAAACAAGAUGGAGAGAUCUUCCUUGUAUCGAUUGCACGACCCGAGAAGCGCAACGCGGUUGAUGCAGAGACCGCGAAAGAGCUCGCAGACGCGUUUAGACAUUUCGAGAUCGACGAUGAAAGUUCAGUGGCUGUGUUGUAUGGGAAAGGAGAUACGUUUUGUGCAGGAUAUGAUCUAGGAUAUCUAUCUACCAGGGGUCCUGAUGAGUUCCUGAGAUGGCUCACCCCUCCUGGAGAAGGAGACGGUCCCAUGGUGCGUUACAAUGUUUACGUUUAUGACAGACACUGA